UUCCGCGCUCUGGCGCCGCCGCUGCCGCUGCUGGACCGAAGGGACCGUCCUGGCUCCACCGCACAGCCGGUCCACGAGGACUUUGCAGCCUGCCGCCUCUCGCCAGUCCGAUUGCCGCGGCCACCUGCGCACGGAUGGAGCUCGACCACAUGACGAGCGGCGGCCUCCACGCCUACCCCGGGCCGCGGGGCGGGCCGGUGGCCAAGCCCAACGUGAUCCUGCAGAUCGGUAAGUGCCGGGCCGAGAUGCUGGAGCACGUGCGGAGGACCCACCGACACCUGCUCACCGAGGUGUCCAAGCAGGUGGAGCGGGAGCUGAAGGGGCUGCACAGGUCGGUGGGGAAGCUGGAGAGCAACCUGGACGGCUACGUGCCCACCGGCGACUCGCAGCGCUGGAAGAAGUCCAUCAAGGCCUGCUUGUGUCGCUGCCAGGAGACCAUCGCCAACCUGGAGCGCUGGGUCAAGCGGGAGAUGCAUGUGUGGCGGGAGGUCUUCUACCGGCUGGAGAAGUGGGCCGACCGCCUGGAGUCCAUGGGCGGCAAGUACCCGGUGGGCAACGAUCCGGCUCGCCACACCGUCUCCGUGGGCGUCGGGGGUCCGGAGGGCUACUGCCAGGAGGCGGAUGCCUACGACUACACCGUCAGCCCCUACGCCAUCACCCCGCCGCCUGCCACCGGCGAGCUGUCUGGGCAGGAGCCCGUGGACGCCCAGCAGUAUCCGCCCUGGGGGCCCGGUGAGGACGGGCAGCCCAGCCCCGGUGUGGACACGCAGAUUUUCGAGGAUCCAAGGGAGUUCCUCAGCCACCUGGAGGAGUACCUGCGACAGGUGGGCGGCUCCGAGGAGUACUGGCUGUCGCAAAUCCAGAACCACAUGAACGGGCCGGCCAAGAAGUGGUGGGAGUUCAAGCAGGGCUCUGUGAAGAAUUGGGUGGAGUUCAAGAAAGAGUUCCUGCAGUACAGCGAGGGCACACUGUCCCGGGAGGCCAUCCAGCGGGAGCUGGACCUGCCGCAGAAGCAGGGGGAGCCGCUGGACCAGUUCCUGUGGCGCAAGCGGGACCUGUACCAGACGCUCUAUGUGGACGCGGAGGAGGAGGAGAUCAUCCAGUACGUGGUGGGCACCCUGCAGCCCAAGCUCAAGCGCUUCUUGCGCCAUCCACUGCCCAAGACCCUGGAGCAGCUCAUCCAGAGGGGCAUGGAAGUGCAGGAUGACCUGGAGCAGGCAGCCGAGCCCGUGGGCCCCCGCCUCCCCACUGAGGCCGAGGCCGAGGCCGAGGCCGAGGCGCUCACGCCAGCCCUCACCAACGAGUCUGUAACCAGUGACCGGACCCAGCCCGAAUAGAGGCCAGCCCAGGCCCCAGCCUGCCCACCACACCCCGCCUGUGGCCUUUGCCAACCAGGACUGUCGAGCUGGGCUGAGUCCUGCACAGCGGAGCCCCUCAUCCUCACCUGGCUGGGCACCCAACCUCAGCCUCCCAGCCUGACUCACACAGACACAUGUCAUCCAGCUGUGGGCAGUAUCCCCCAAACAGCGAAGGACCCCUGCCCCGUCACCCUCCUUCUGUCUGUCUUUUCUGGUCUCUGACCCCAUCCUGCACACUCUCUGGCCACCCCAGGACCUCCCAGCGUCGGUAUUCUGCUCAACCCCCCGGGCCCCCUGGGCACUCAGAAAUCAAAUGUCCAGAUGGCCCAGGCCAGUGAACCCCGAGCCCAAGGGACACCCCAGAGCAGAAGCUAAGACAGCAGCAGCACCACAGGAACCUUGGCUUUGGGGCGCCGCCUUCCCCUGGCAGUUGCUGUGCAGCCGGCUGGCACUCUUGCCGCUGCCCAGGGCAGCCGGCCAGCCGCAGGCAGCGAGGCUCCCUCCUGCUGCCGAAAGCCAGAGCUUCCAGAGCGACCGACCACUGCGGCGGCAGCCCCGCGACGGCAGCAGCAGACCUGGCGUCCUGGUGCCUCCUGGCUCCUCAGCACCAGUGAUUCACCCCAGCCUGGAAAAGGAUCGGCUGGGCUGGAUGACUCACCCGCAGCCGGGGGAGGGUCUCACGGGGCCUGAGUCCUCAAACUCAGCUGAGGAGCCAGGAGAGUGACGACAGGUCUCAAGGCUCCCACAGAGCUUUCGCUGCGGCGCCUGGCCUGCCCCUCCCUCUCCUCCUGCAAGCUGCCCACACAAGGAGACGCUGAGGUCCGCAGAGGAGCUGCAGAGAGGGUGGGCCCGGCAGAGAGCUGGUGAUGAAGACGGGCCAGCGUGAGGGCCAGGGCCUGCCGCUAGGCCUGCCCCGCUGACCACCAGCCUG